CAAAACUAAAAACGCCUUUCGAGACAACAGAAGGAAAGGAACUACAGCAAACCCCUCCGUUUGCUCAUGGAAAAAACAGCAGCGGAGCAUAUUCACCGAAACCUUUGACACUUUUAAAUGUUAAAAUGUACUAACAGGAGAGGCACACUUGACCUACAAUUAAUUAGUGACACCGAGCUUCUGUAAAAUUAUACCAAUAUUUUUAGUGUUUUUACUUUACGUGGGCAAAUUUCUUUCCUAGCACGUUAGCAAAGCGACUUCCUCUCUUGUGUAUGAGGUAACGUUACAGAUGCCGUGCCAGCUGUGUUAUUUACGCUUUUAAAAGCUUGGAAGCCGAUUAUGAUAAUUGAUACCAACUGGUGAGAAGCAUGGAGCUGUACUGGUACAUAGUCGUCAUAAUAUUUAUUAUGAUUAAAAUCUUCUUCUACAUCUGCUGGUACCGCUCAAGGCAAAGACAGCUCGCUGCAUACCUCAGCAAUCCUCGCAAUGCACAGAUUGUCAUUGUGGGAGGAAGAGCUUACCUGCACCAGAUCUGUGAAAGACAAAAUACAUCAAUCUGGCCCAGUUGGUACGGCGUUCAGGACGACAGCUCUGUAGGCGAACCGUCCGCCUCUCUUCCACCAUCAUCAUCGCUUUCUCAUCUGGACAUGCCUCCACCGUAUGAGGCCGUUUCUGGAGCAAACGAUCUGAAGCCUCCGCCGUACAGCGAGGUUGCUCAAAAUGACGACACCGACACAUCCCUGAGCAUCACCAUCCCGGACGGUCACGAUUCUAGCACCAUCACCGAUGCCCCACCUCCUUACACGCCCAGUGCCAUCUCUCCAGCCAAUCAGCAAGUAGACAACAGCCAGUCACAAUCCGAGGGAAGGUCAAAUUAAACACAUCCCCGAUUUAAAAACAAGGGCUAAGCAACCGCUUUUGGCCCUCCCCAGGUUGUUAUUUUUUUUCCCCUCUGGACUUAUUUUCCUUACAAGCCACUUGAAAUGAUCAGAAAAACUAUACAAAGAAAAAGAAUAUUGUUUCUCUAAAAUAAGAGAAUUUGCAUAGUGCUUGAUAAGCCGUAUAAGGAAUAACUGGCUCGAUGCCAUCUGCUGGCAGAGUUGAGAACUGCUCUGCCCACUGGUGAAACCGGUGCUUUUAGUUCAUUCAUGCCUUAUGCCCAUUUCAGCCAGCAUCACGACAGGGCAUAGCCGUAUCAUAGACGCCUCGCAAUCCAGUUAUUUUAGACGAGAAUAUUCACAAAUAUUUCUUUGCGACAGUCCUGGGGACUAAUGUUUUGAACAUUAGCAGUUUAUAUCACGUAAACUGUACAUAGGUCUGAUCAGUGCCAAGUUACAAGCGCAUUCUGCUUAGACAAUGUUGUUGACACUUUUUUCUUUCAAUCUUCUCUAAAGUCUCAAAUGGAGAGGUUAAAGUAUAGAGGUCUAGCCUCAGGUUUAUUUAUAACCUCAAUUUAUAUGUGAUGACAAUUAAAAAAAACUUUGCCCUGUGAAGCACUUUUUAAUGUGUUGUAAUUGCCUUAAUUCUGGUAUGUAUCCAAUAUUCAUGAAUCAACCAGAGCAGAUAGUGUGGAUAGUGUGGCAAUUGUUAUGUCUCGUGUAAAUGUGCAGCAGUCAUACUCCAUGCCGUAUCGCUUUUCAGGUAACUGUAAUAACCGAUGCAUUCGAAUCACAGUGCCCUUAUGAACUGAACUAGAAAUCCUCUGCGUGGAAGUGUGCGCAUGUGUUAAAUGUCUGAUAAACCCUGACAGAACUUCCUCGUGAAAAUGUUGAUGUGCUUUGGUGAGCGCAUGUCAUCUCUGUGCAACUGUGCAUAUACCAGGUUCACAUAAUGGGAACAAUAUUCUUUUUGUGUUUAAAAAAGUCCACAUGAAAGGAUGUAAUGCAAGUAUGUUUUUAGAAUAUGUGUGUAGUUUUCCCUCCGAGUCCUUCCACAUUCACUAUAUAAUAUCAUUUAAUCAUGAUUUGAUUUAAAAUGCUAAUCCUGCAACAUGUAUUAUCUCAUUUAGACUGAAGUACUGUAUAUGCUAUUUUUGUAUUUAUGAAAAUCCUUCAAAUCUCUUUCAAAAAUAAAGUUGGGUGAAGUGUCUGAAUAAUAUUAUCUCUAACAAAAUCAGUGGACCUGUCUGUUCUGUUGGUUGGUUUGUGAGUUCAGUGUGAUAUGCCACUGACCUCAAAGGUUAAAUGAAUAUUUUUGGUAUUACUUCCUUUUUAUUGAUCGCAAAAAAAGUUGGGUAAAGUCGAGCGAACUGCUUUUUGGCAAAUGAAGCAUGUCGUCUCAGUAAUCUGUUCUUGUUAAAAACUGCACAAUAUUGCAUUACAAAUAUAUGGACGGUUUCAUGAUCGAA